UAAUUUUGUUGAAAAACAUGGGGAGCUCGACCGGUAAGGUGGAGGCUAUGAAACCAGUUCUUGUGAAAGCUGGAAUUCCAUUAGCUAUUACUGUAAUUGGUUUCGUUUUUGCAAAAAUAGCAGGCAGAAAAUAUCUUGCAUCGAAAGCUCCAUCAUUAUCAAAAAUCCAAGAAAAAUCAGUAGAAAUUGACUCUAGAGAAAUGUAUAGAGAUGAUGAUGAGAGUUUUCACAGCCUUGAUUCAGCAUCUCUCCCUUGUGUAGAGUCUGAUCAUGCCUUUACAGAUGCCUGUUACGAGAAUUCAAUAGAAACACUGCAGAUGCAAGAAGAAAUCUAUGGGUUAAGAAGCCAAAUACAAGAUCUAAAUAUGCAGUUUCUUCGUUAUCAAAACUUGAAAGAGCAAGAAAUGGUGCUACUGGAGCUUCGAAACAAAUUUCUACUGGAAAUAAUGAGAGUCGAAUAUUUCACUAGGGAGAUUUCACUAAUGGAGGCAGAAAUUCAGAGAUUUGAACAUAUUGUGAUUGAUUACUUGAAGAUUAUGGGGCUUCUAGAAUUUUUGAGAUCAGAAAAUGCUUUGCUUCAUAAGAGGGCUAAGAAACUUUUCAGAAGAAAUAGAGAACAAUACCAUGUCCUGAAAAAACAAAAUUUGCAAAUUGUAGCUAAAGAAACAGAGAUUUCGAGAACUCGAAAAGAGCUAGAAAUGAAAGAUAUUUGUAUCAAGAAUAUGGAAGAAACAGAGUUUUCAAGAGCUCGAAAAGAGCAAGAAAUGAAGGAUAUUUGCACCAAGAAAAUGGAUAAUGAAAUCAGGGAGCUGAAAAUAGCUUCAGAGCGGUUGCAAGAAGAGAAAAUUGAGCUUUUAAGCAAGUUGGCAGAAAAAUCGGCAGCCUCAAAGAUUGAAGGGGAAGAGAUGACCCUAGAGAAUUCCAAUCAAUUAGCAACGAUUGACGAGGUUAAAUCAUUGGUGCAGAUUAAAGGGGAAGAGAUGACCCUAGAGAAUUACAAUCAAUUAGCAAAUGAAGUAGAACAACUUCAGAAGGACAGGGCAGCUGAAACUAGAGAAUUGAUAUAUCUGAGGUGGUGCAAUGCAUGCUUAAGGCACGAGCUAACGAGGAGAAAUACCGAACAAGACGAAGUCAUGGAAGAAAACGACCAUCGUGUGGAUGAGAUUGCAGAGUAUGGAUCAGAUCAUGAAAUCAUAAAAAAAACAGAGCCUGUAAUAGUUGCAAUUCCACAACAGCUAAAUAUGAGUUCUAAAACUUCUGUAGUACCAAGGUCAAAGAAUAUAAGAAAAGAUUAG